AUGUCUUAUCAACUGAACAGUGCAAGAGCCUCCCUCGACCUUAAGAGUCAACAUAAGCAACCGGAAGGCAGGAUGAGGUCGGGCCAUUCUAGUCCAGCUUAUCAACCGCAGCAACCACAGAACCACAACAUGCCUUUGUCACUACCCUCAUCUCUCGCUCAACGCAACUCUAUUCCAUACCCUAUCGACACCAUCACUUCUGAUCCUACUAUUCAGGCGCAUUUGAAUGCGUAUGAGCAGGAUCGACAAAAUUUGACGGUCGAUGCUGCGGCUGGCACCAACAUGACGCACUCUUUGAACUCUAAUAAUAUUCCCCCUUCUCAAACUAAUAAUACUAAUAACAACGAUGUCGGCAACGUGGGUUCACUCACUGACACUUCCAUUCUGGCCAUGCCAAGGAUGUCACUACAUAACCACCCAAAACAGUAUAACUCCAUUCAAAACGAUCCGAGGUCGCCACUUGUCACACUGAUACCCACUUCGGCGCAACCCACGGACGUAUUAUCUGCCAGGUUUUCUGCAUGGAGGAAUGUCAUACGUUCUCUCUUGGUAUAUCUGUCUGAGACGGCAUCAAUACAGGACGAAAUAGUUAGGCAGCAACUGAGAUUGUCUCAUGCUGUUCAAUUCCCUUUUUUCAGCAUUGAAAACCAAUAUCAGCCGAGCUCCAAUGAGGACAAGUCUUUGCAGAAAUAUUUUUUACCAUUAGGGAGUGGGUCCAUCCAAGAUUUGCCUACCAUGCUAGCCAAAUAUCACGAGAAUCUGGCUUCCUUAGCGUUGAAAAGUUCUAAAGAGUUGACCAGUGAAAUUAUACCUAGACUAGAAGACUUGAGAAGAGAUUUACUAGUUAAAAUCAAAGAAAUUAAAGCUUUGCAAUCAGACUUUAAGAAUUCCUGUAAUAAAGAAUUACAGCAAACUAAACAUUUUAUUAAGCUUUUCAAUGAAUCCUUAAAAGAAUGUAAAUUAGGUGCACCAAAGAGCGAUCCUUUUCUGAUAAAACUGCAAUUGGAAAAACAAAUUAAAAGACAGUUGGUAGAAGAAAACUAUUUACAUGAAGCAUUCGAUAACCUGCAACAUUCAGGGGCUCAGUUAGAGAAUGUCGUCGUAAUGGAGAUACAAAACGGAUUGACUAGUUAUGCUAGAAUUCUUGGCAAAGAAGCCCAAAUUGUGUUUGACUCGGUAAUCUCCAAGCUAGAUUCUACAAUAUUGAACAAAAAUGCAAAUCUUGAAUGGGAUAGUUUCAUCCUAAGGAAUAUUUCAAGUUUUGUACCACCAAAUUUGCCGAUGAGGAAAUUCAAGGAGAUAUCGUACAGCAAUCAAAAUGAUCCGUUUACUUUCGAAGUUAGAUCUGGAUUUCUCGAGAAAAGAUCAAAAUUUUUAAAAUCAUAUUCACGUGGGUUUUAUGUUCUUACUCCAAGUUUUUUGCAUGAAUUCAAGACACCGGAUAAGCAUAAGUUUACUGCGCCGUUAAUGUCAAUACCAUUAGUUGAAUGUACAGUUACUGAGCAUUCCAAAAAGACAAAAUCUAACUCUGAGCAAGGCAAUAACAAGUUUAUAUUGCAUACGAAUUCUAAUGGACUAAUACAUCGAGGCCAUAAUUGGGUAUUUAAAGUAGAUUCUUAUGAAGAUAUGAUAGGAUGGUUUGAAAAUAUUAAAGCCUUAUCAAGUUUACCCAACUAUGACGACAAAUGCAAAUUUGUGAAUAAAGUCACCAGGCUAUCUAAAGCUAAUUACAAGAAUAAAGAGGACUCCAUGCAAAGCGUAACUUUUCAGGCAACUGAUGACCAAAACACAAAGUCUGAUGAUAUAAGCAGUAGCAAUUUUCCUCUAAAUUCUAUCCCGAAGCUAGACAAUUUGACAGUAACGAAUACCACCUCAUCGAUACCGGAGACAAAUGAUUCCCAAAUUCAGAAUAGAAUCCCUGAAUUUUAUAUCGAGAAUGUAGAUUCCCCGAGCAAGAGUAAUCAGCUGUAA